AUGAUGUCUGCCCGCAGGCUUAGACUUCUAGUGUUUUCUGUUCAAAAGUGUUUAUCUCGACUCGCCGACAAAUGCAGAGCUGUCGUCAUUAAGAGUUCUUCAGGCAAAAGUUCAACUGAGACGCAACAGGAACAUGAGGAAUCGUAUCUUCCUGAAGAAAGUGGUCUGGCGCAGCUACGGAAAGUGUAUUUCGAAACAUACGGCUGUCAGAUGAACGUCAACGACACUGAAAUUGCGUGGUCCAUUCUUCAGAAGGGUGGAUAUGUUCGGACCCACGAACUAUCAGAGGCAGAUGUGGUGCUUCUUGUCACAUGCUCCAUAAGGGAAAAGGCAGAGCAGACCAUCUGGAACAGACUCAAACAUCCAGCAGUUCUGAAAAAGAAGUGUCUAAAGAGCAGCACUCCAUUAAAGAUAGGAGUCCUGGGUUGCAUGGCAGAGAGACUGAAGACUGAGUUGCUGGAGAAGGAGAGGGUGGUGGAUGUUGUAGCAGGGCCAGAUGCCUACAGAGAUCUUCUCCGACUCCUUGCACUGGCCCAUGGGGGUCAGAGGACCAGCAAUGUCCUGCUCUCCCUGGAAGAGGCAUAUGCUGAUGUCAUGCCCAUUCACCAUUCAGGACACAGUGCCUUUGUGUGAGUGCCAUAAUAAUAUCUGGCUGAUUUAUAAGGGAGGAGUUCCUACUAAACACUAACUCUUAAAUUAACUUUGCACUGUGUGAUUUUGUAAAGAUGGUAAAGAGUAAAAUAACAGUCUCACAUGUACAGUUCAAUUUUUAAGUUAACAUGUAUAGACAGUUUUUGGUGUUUUCAUAUUCAACUCUAAUACACUGAAUUUAAUCUGAACAGCAACUGUUAGAUUAAAAUACAGAAAAGUCAGCUAUAAUUUAAAGGCAUUUGCUACCAUAUUGGAUGAAACAUGGGACUUGCAUCCACAAUAAAGCCAAAAACAGCAAAUGCUCAUAGUUCAGUUGUUUAUUAUUAUCAUUUUACUGAACACUUGUCAAUCUGCAUUUUUUGGUUAUUUAUACAUGACUGACCCUCCUACACUUAUGAAGGGAUAUAAAACUUCAAACACCGUGGUGGCUCAUCUUCAGCUCCUUCAUGCUUUUAGAUGUAGCACUUCAAGGAAAGGCCAAACUUUUAUCUGUAUUUUCAUGAGGCGAACUGUGAUCUAAUUAUAAUAGGCUUUGAAGCUCUUUGUAACAGCUGCAGAGUGGUGCAAGACUGUAUUUGAAAGCAUAAAGAUGAAUAAUGUUUCUGCGGUAUCUUAAGAUCAGAGACCUUUUUGAGUUUGUAGGUGCAGAACAGAGACACUGAUGAAGGGGCUUUCAAGGCUUCUGUAGAAGUCUAAGGCAGAUUACUCUGACCUGUUCCCGUGAGAAAUAACUUCAUUAGUGCUGGAAAAGAUCUCUGUUUUUAAAAGACUUGAAAGCCUCUUCGAGAGUUCUAUGGCUAAGCAAGGUUCGUUACCUUACAACAAGGGCAGGGUGAUAUUGA